AUGAACCUGGAGGAAAGAAAAUGUAGUGAGCCGGUGUUCGCGAUCCGCGACGUCCACGACAGCAAGCUUGACAGCAGAUACUGGCAAAAGUUGUUUAUCACUGUAAAUGGAAUGAAAAGUGCAAACGAAAUGAGCAAAUCUUGUCAAAUUUGCAAACUCGAUCGAGGAAUUUUGGACGAUGUCUCGUUUCAUAGCUUUCCAAAAGAGCAGGAAAUGAGAGACAAAUGGUCUGCAGCCAUAGGUAAAGAAAUUAGUGACCGUGGCUAUGUGUGCAGUCAGCACUUUGAAGAAAAGAAUUUUUACUACAAAGUAUUUGGCAAUGGUGUCAGGAGGUAUUUGUUUAACACGAGUGUGCCAUCAGCAGAGAUAAUCAAUGAUAAACGUUCAAAACAUGCAAAUGAAGAAUGGUGUCGGAAAAACCAAAAAAUAGUGAGUCUGCCAGGAAAAUAUGGUAUUUAUAAUGCCUACAUUAUAGUUGAUGAUGAUGAUGGUGAUGAUGGUGAUAGUUCUCCAUCCCAAGCAGACAGUGAAAUUUCAAUAAAAAUCGAAGAUUCAGAUAAAAAUUUGAAUGAGAUUGAACAGCCAAUUAUUACAGAUGAAAUAGAAACUGAAACUGUUAAAGUUGAAUGCUCUGAUGUUAAGGACAAGAAUUUAGAUGUUCUCUGUAAUAUUUUCUACACCAUUAAUGAAUUGGAUGCUAUAGAAAAGAACAAGAACAAAAAGUCAACAUCAAAAAGAAAAGACAAUGAACCUGAAAUCCCCAGAAAGAAACGACGUUUUAGUAAUGCACGUACUGUAGGGGAUCUAACAAGGAGAGAUUUCACUUCUGAUGCUGCUUGGGAAAUGGUCAAAAACUAUGUUAUGGAUACAAAGAAAAAUGAAAGAUUGGCAAGUAAGACAAUGAAAAGUCUCUCUGACAAGAACACUUACUUAGAAAAACUUUUAGAAGAAAUCAAACGAAGACAAAGGGCUAAGUGUGAAACAAAAAGUCAAUAGAAAGAUAUUUUA